GGUGUGCUCUUGUAGGAGGUGAAAAAGCUGCCUGUCUGAACUCUGAUAUUUGAGAGAAUACUAAUAACUAAUAAGUCAACAAACUGAAGAAAGCCGACGGCAACUUAUUUAAUGUUAAUAAUGAUAGCUGUCUUUCUUGUUAAUGUUUUGUUACCAUUCUUGUCUUACAAUCUCACGGCAUAAGACGACCACAGCUUAUUGGAUGCCCGCAUUUCACAGUAAUGGCGGCUGCUUUGCAUUGUUCGCCUCCAUUUCGUCUACGAUUUGCUCAAGGAACUGGCAAUUCAGACGAUUAUGUCUUCUAAAGUUUUUUGAAUCUUCAACUUUGCUUAUUCUUCUAAAGUAGUUGAUAAAUAUUUGAUCCGGCUAUGCUACUCGUAACUUUGUCAUUCAAAGCUUUAUUCCGACAGAAACAGUUAAUGUUUAUCUCAGUUUAUUCCGCGACAAUCGUAUGAAUUCUACUCUUUGAAAGCAUCUGCAACACAAAUACCUACAAUAUUUUUUAUUCAUGUUUGUAAUAAAAAAAGUUGUAUUUAGCGCGGUAUUGUUUCGUUGUAAACCCACAAAGUACAAAACGGCCCAAAUUAAUUCAACGUGCAAAAUAUGGCGUCGACGGGACUUAUUCUAGCAACAUCCGUUUACCUCUCCAUGCCCGAGUUUUGCGUCAAUUAAUCAUGUGUUGUGACUGCGCAAUCGCUGCCUAUUAUGUAAGAAAAUGUGAGAACCGUUUGUAAACACCGAGCAAAAAGAAAAUAAUGCUCACUUGUGCGAGAGAUUUUGUUUUGAAAUGGUAAUUGAUGAACAUAAUCAGGAAUGUCAAUAUAUCACUGUGAUUUUUUUCUUACGCGCUGAUUAUCACCUUCAGUUCAUUGCCCGCGCCUCGCUGCUCACUUGCGAGACUAUCAAAUGAUUAAAGAAUGUCUAUGUGUGAACAAAACACGAUAAAUGACCUGGUACGCCCUGGGUCGGGAUUUAUGCAUUUAUGACCUUAUUUUGUCGUCAAAAUCACAAUAACGCAUGCAAUAGUUAGGUACGGUAAAGUUCCACUAAACUUUGUGGGUGGGAUCAGAGGCGUCCUCAGGGGGGGUGAACCCUAAUAAUUUUGCACCCCAAAAUCAUAAAUUAUGACUUAUGUACUGUGCAAAUGUCAAUAUAAGCAUUUAACCUUAUGAUGUUCUGGGAGAUCUUGCGCCUCAAAGACGAACCCCUACCCAAAGGUUCCGCCAGUUGGCGCAUAUUUUUAUAACAAUGCAAGCAUAUGUAGGAUGAUCUUAUCAGGAGAGAUACGGGGGGGAGAGAGAGGUUCGAUGAUUUUUAUUGUAGAACACUGGCACUGCAUUGAAUCUCGAUUCUAGAUAAUUCGCGCCAGGUAGACAAAGCACCAGCAGUAAUAGUCAAACUGCAUUUGUCAUGUUAACCUGCUCGUGUUCUUUUAGAAACGUUUUUACCAUGGAGCUAUCAAAACUUAAUAUUAAUUCCAUUGCAAAGGAGGAGAUACGUCGUAAGUUUUUUGACAGCCGUUUAGGCAAAAGUAAAGACGACAUAAUUAUUAAAAAUGAGGAAACUGAUUCACAGACGAAUGCGGAAACAAAUGAAGACAAAGUAGAAGCUUCUAAAAUUGAGAUGCAACUACUGGAUGAAGAACCAGUUGAAGAUGAAGAUGGAUUUCUCUUAAUUACAUCCGUGUUUUCUUUGGCAUCGACAAUUGAUAACACAAAAGACCCAUGUGAAAAUAAUUCCCUAUCUUGUGAUGUUAGUAAAGAAUUGCAAUAUACUGAGAACAUUGUUAGUAUGUCCGACAGCAAUAUUAAGCUUCUAACAAUGCCACCUUGCAACGAGACUGUCUCAAUUCCUAUAUACACAACAAGCCCGAAUGUAAAUGUUGUAACUUUUAUUGAUGCAACCAAACAAACAGUGAUUCCGUAUUCCAAAACAGAGGUUGGGUCAACAUCUUUUGUGGUAGAUGAAAAACAAACCUUUUUAAAGGAUGGAAAUAUUGAGAACAGAUGUAGUGAGGGUGAAACAAAUCAAUCCACGACGAAUGUACAAUCGAUUCAGACUCAAUCGCAACUGCACGAAACCAAUUUAACAAAUUUAAGUACAAAUACAGAGGCUUUUUCUGAUAACAUUAAUGAAUAUACUUCCAACGACGACGUUCAAUGUGGCACUGAACUAAUGUCUUCAACUGAGGUAGAAAACACCCCAUGUUCAAAUGAGGAAGGUGAUAACAGUGAUUACGUGUGCGCAAAUGAUGGACUGGGUUUUGAAUCUGGUGUUUGUAAAGAAAAUAUUGAAGAAAUUCCAACAAGACAAGAAGAAAAAAUUCGCCAACUUAAGGAUUUACUUCGAAAGAAAGAGGAAGAAUUAGAAAAAUGUCGUUUCAAGAGUAAAGUUGUAUCAACAUCGGUCGCUGCACAUUUGCGAGAAAACUUUGUGAAGAAGAAUCCUUCGCUAUGCCGAAAAAGUCCAAGGCUGGAAGUAAUAAAGAAUACUGAAUCGCCAUCAUCGUCAAACGCGAUAAACGUCCAACCACAUUCCAAACCCGACAACAUUAACAGCAAAACUACUAGUGCUGUAUCUGAAAAUAGCCGCUCCUCAGGAAAAAGAAAAGCUUCCACAAACGGCCAAACAUCAACUAAAUUUACAAACAGCGAAAACUAUAAGCUUGUCAACGUUAAGAUUUUGCAAGGCCAUACGAGAACAUUAGCAGUUCCCCUAAAAAGGAAUAAGAGUACGAUCAGUUCUCUGGCGAAGAAAGGCCUCAAUUCUCAAGACAGAUUGCCCGAGAAGCAAAGUAAAUCUUUUCAUUCCAAUGAUGCAAAUAAGUCUGAAACACUAUCAAAUAGAAACAAUGUUAACAAAGACAAGGGUGAUUCACUUCGUGGUGAAAUAGCCAAUCCCAGCGAAGAAAAUAUGGAUGUAAAAAAUUUGAAAAGAAAAUCUGGAGCAAAGACAACUCCUGUGUCCUGCUCGAAGAUAAGUAAAACUGCACGUUAUAAUGUUCCAAGCACUGCAAAGAUUUCUAAUUCUCUACUCGAUUCUAAUUCGCCAAUCCCUAAAGAAGGAAUCCGGCUUAUCAAACUUAAUACUGCAGGUAAUUCACAAACAAGUAAAUCGUCUGUGGUUGACAAGCCAACCGUAACUUCAUCAAAUCAAAACAACGUGGGUAGGCAGCCCAAUUGGUCCUCAAAUCCUUUGGUGCAACUCAAUACGAUAAAUGGAGUGAAUGAUUCCAACCAACUAUUUGCUUUUGUGGUGGGUGAACACUCAGGCAGUACAACUACUGUCAACAAAACAAGUAAAGAUUCCACUCAUUCGACUCAAAGUUUGAAUUCUACAAUAAGAAUCCCUAUUGCAAAUUUGCAAGAUAAAAAUUUGGUAGAUGAGCUUGCUAAACUUAGCGCACAAUCGAUUCACGACGAUUUAAAUAGUGAGGCAGCGAAAAAGCCUCCCCAAAUUACCAAUACUACGACAAGCGAAGUAGCACCAGAACAAAAAUGCAUCAUUGACGAACACGCCACUCUACGUACUAUAAAGUCAUCUGACAAAAAUAGCGCACCUAAUAAAAAUAGUCAACCACCGAGAACAGUGGUUAGCCAACGAAACCUGGCUCCAAAACCUUUAUUAGUUACCACUGCUACUUCAUGUAAUCACAGAGAGAGAGAUUCUUCUAGGUUAAUUUUACCCAAGCCUUCACAAACUCUCUGCAAAUCCAAAAAAUUUCUUCCAAGUCGAUCUCAUUCUGUGGCGAUAUCUUUUCCUCCUUCAGUGUCAAUGGCUUCCAAACUAACUGUUGGAAACAGUACAUUAUCACAACAGCACUCGAUUGUUGGAACUACAUCAGUUAAAUAUUCCAACGAAACUGUUCCCGUUUACGGGAUCUCCGACAUUAGCAACGCUGCCCAAAUUAGCACUGCUCAAGCUAAUAGUGCAGUGUUAACAAGUACCGUACAAAAUUGCGCUGGCGUGGUCUCAACCGUUCCUCCUGCGACUGUUGUCAGCAACUUUAGCAGUGGUAAAUUUCUUGUUUGCAACUUUUUGCCUCCAAGUCAGACAAAAAAUAUUGAUAACCAAGCAACGUCCAGUACUGGUAAAACGAAGCUACUUCUUCAUGUAUCCAACUCGGGAGAAAUGCGAAAUGUAGGCAUAAUGAAUGACAAUAAAGUUUAUUUGUACGCCAAGCAGGUAACUGCAUUACCCUGCAACUCACUGCCAAAAUGUGCGAGCAAUUCCAAUGCCCCUGACUUCAUUCCAAAUCCUCAAGAUGCGGAAUUCAAAUUAUUAUUAGGCCUUGAGCACAUAGUGAAGCAACUGACUUAAAAUUCUUUGAAACCCAUGUAAUGUUGUAUAUACGUAUCUUGAUGCAAUUAGUUAUUUAUUGAUAUUUAAGUUAUACUUCUGUUGAUAUCUUUGUUAUUUUAUUUGGUCAAAUAAAUUGUCGGGUUUGGUAUUAAGGUUAUUGCAAAA